CCACAACAGCCACCAUAAACGCACCACAACAUCACUCAACAUCACUCAAAAUAAAAAAAAAAACAACAUCAACCCACAUCAAUUUGUCACAACCGUCAAAAUCCUCAAUAAACAACUCCAAAAACCCCCGGAAAUUCCCACAUCCGACCACCAAGCCCCAAUCCCCACAACCCGAACCGCCCCCGCGACCGCCCACCCACCAUGGCCUGCAGAGAACCCCAACCCUGCUUCGUCCCCAUCGCCUCGAAGCCGCCUCCGUGCUGCCCGGAGGCCUGCAUCAAGAGCUCGGACAUGUCGCCCGACAUGCAGCGCGACGCCAUCGCCCUGGGCAUCCAGGCCAUGUACCUCUAUUCGCUCGAAAGGGACGUCGCCGCCUACAUGAAGAAGGAGUUCGACAAGAAGUACUGCCCCACGUGGCACUGCGCCGUCGGCAGGAACUUCUCCUCCUACAUCACGCACGAGUCCAGCAGGUUCAUCUACUUCUAUUUGGGGCCCACCGCUUUCGUCCUCUACAAGUGCGGCUGAUUCGACUGGAUGGUUCGACUGGCUUCUGGAUGGUGUAGGUACCGUUUGGUAGGGACCCGUUGCUCCAAUGAAGGAAGUACUUUCGUAUCAUCUAUUGUAACUUGCAUAAUUCAUGUAAUAGAGCAGAAGUAUUGGAGCGAGGUUGCCCUAUUUUGCUGGUAGUCGAUCGGGCCAUUUGGUGGUUGAUUGGUGGUUGAUGAUGUAACGUGAAUAAAGUCGCAACAUAAUGCAAAACUAUGUUUUUUUUUGUAUCUAUUAGACCGACCUCUCACGAAGUAAUGGUGUUAAAAUAAACAUUGUAAACCAGUUGAUCAUGCAACUAUUUUGCAACCUCGGCAAUGUACAGUAGUGUGUACAAGUCGAUUCAAAUGAAACUAGUUUGCAAUGAGUCAUAAACCAGUUGUACUCGACCAUUUCCCGCGGUUGCAGUAGCUUUGCAGUUUUAAAUUGCUUUAAAUUCUUGCCAAUUUCUGGUGUGAUUCAUUCGACAUUCGAUAAUUUACUAUGGCAAUUGAUUGAAACUGUUUUAUAAAGGCGACCGCUCACGGAGCAACUGUUUCGAAAUAAAAAUUGUAAACCAGUUGAUCUUGCAACUAUUUUGCAAC